AUGGUAGCGACAUUUUCACCUCACCGCGAUGCGGGUGGCACAUUACACCUGUCAUCGCAUUCUGGCAUCCACCAUAUUGACGCCAACACAGCCAUCCGACAACUUCGUCGAUCCUUCUCGCGCUCGCCCUCUAAGAGUUCGAGUUUUUCUCUUCUAGGCUCUCGGAACCACUCCCCAUCCAAGAACUCCUCAUAUGUUUCUUCUCCGUUGUCACCAUCGCGAAGGUCUGCGCAAGGCAACUUUGUGCUCUUCCCCAGCUCCUCCCAGCAGUCACCGUUCGCCGUACCGUAUCCGCCCAGCGCUAAGAUUUCACGCCCUACUAUGCGCCGCGCGCGCACUUCUCCUCGGAGCCCAGUCAAGCGCGCUCUGAACGUGUCGACUGACCAAGGGAACGCGAAACCUCUACAUGAGAUCCCCGUCACCCCGGGCGUAGAGAACUCUUCUACGGUCCCCGGAAUUAGCCUCUCACCUGACGAAACGGGUGGCGGUGUAGGUACAUGCUCAAACGAAGAAUCCGUUGUAUACGCGGAUGAUACACCAAAUCCUCGGCCCUCGGCGUCCCGGAUUGAGAAACGACGAAGCGGCACCUUCGGCUCAGCUGUCAGCCCGAUGAAACGAAGCGACGGUAUCAUGAAUCUAGACCGCGCAUCACGCGGUAGUCCUUCUGCGAAGCGACGAAGUGUUCAAACAGUUAAUCUCUCCGGGGACUUCAGUAUAUUCGACAGCGAAGGCGUUACGAAUACAGCGGAGGAUGCGCAAACAGAAGAGGUUGAUUUGGAGAAAGACGCAAUAUUCUUUCCAACCACCACGACACCACCCUUCAGCCCUUUUGCAACUGUCCCUAGACGGACUUCUUCUCUGCGGCGGUCAACACUGCAGCAGCGCCCAAAUGAACGAUCCUUGUUCUCUCGAACUAGGGCUUCGGGAAACUCGGAGGAACCCGAGGCUGGCACACCUCUAACCGUUCGUUCCCGUCCAUCUUUGGACCAUAACACCUUUUCACCUCAUCGCGAGAGCCUGUUCUCACCACGCCCUGCUCAGGGUAGCUCUUUGUUUUCAAACUCACACGGCGCAACGUCUCGACCUGCCGCCCACCCACUGUCCAGGACAAUCACUCAAUCCUCGUCCAGCUCUAGCCUGGUAGACGAUUCGCCCACUCAUGAACCGCCGCAGAAGAGUGAUCGCCCUAGGGCAAUCGUCAACUUUUCAAAAUCACUUCCAGCGGGGGCCACCCGGCCUACGGCUGCACGCCAUCUCACUCGCGAGGACUCGACGUCGUCAACAGACUCCUUCGCUACGCCCGAGAACUACAAACUCGUCAAACCACUUCCAGCUGCAUUCAUGUCCACUGGCCUCAUAUCGAAGAAGAACCGUAACGUCGACGAUUCUCAGAGCAUGCUGGGUUUCAGCAAGAACAUGCCUGACACUCCGUGCAAGAGACCUGUUAAUCUGUUCGCUGCUAGCCAAAGAGCCCAGCCAGACGAGUUACUUGGGAGGUCGACGCUAUGUAAUGCUAUGGAUAUGCCCCCUCCGUCCCCUUUCAACCCUUCAAGCGCGCGCCCUAAACAGAGCCCGUUUGCGCGAGGUAUGGGCAUUUUCGGCAAUAGUUUCAAUCGUCCUGACGUCUCGCGACGUGGAAGUUUGGCUAGUAUCGAUGGUGAUGAUGGGUACGGGAUGCACACGCAGUCGCCUUCUAACCGCCAGGAUAGUCUACCACUCAGUGAAUCCGAUUUCCCCCCGACACCCACAAAACAAUCAUUUUUCCCGUCACGAACCUACCCUCCGGCUGCCUCACAAAUUGCUUCCCUCGAGCGACUGUCUGAGGCGAGGGGUACAAACUCUAGUCCACUGCAUGACAGAUUCCAACAUGGGUCACCUCGUACGCCUCAAGAACACUUCUGCCCUCCCGAUCCCAGUGGCCUAACUAUCUCAGGACACAAUGACCGGCAAUCUGCCCAACCAGACUUCAAUCCCUUCAACCUACCGGCCACCCCGACUGGUCCGCGUGACUCUUUCAUCGGAAAAAGACCCAGUCUCCCUCUGAAUAUACACCAUACUCCGGACGUGGAUCCCAGCCUCACAUCUCGCUUCGAGUGUGUUGAACUUGUUGGCACCGGAGAAUUCUCGCAAGUUUACCGUGUUUCGCAGCCAAAUGACGUGUCUCUGGCAUCGAUAUUCUCGACUACUCCGAGGUCUUUCAAAUCGCCGCCUGACCAAGUUUGGGCGGUCAAAAAAGCAAAGCAGCCAUACUCAGGGUUAAAGGAUCGUGAACGUCGUAUUCGAGAGGUCGAUGCUUUGAAGGCUCUCACCAACUAUGACCACAUCAUAUCCUUUGCUGACAGCUGGGAGGGCAAUGGUCAUCUCUACAUCCAAACAGAGUAUUGUGAGGAAGGCAGCUUGGAUGUCUUCCUCACACAAGUGGGACUCAAGGCGAGACUGGAUGAUUUCCGAAUCUGGAAAAUUUUGCUUGAGCUGUCUACGGGCUUGAAACAUAUUCACGACUCCGGUUUUAUACACCUCGAUCUCAAACCAGCCAAUAUCCUGGUCACUUUCGAAGGCGUUUUGAAGAUUGCCGAUUUUGGCAUGGCAACCCGAUGGCCGGCCGAAGAGGGCAUCGAGGGAGAAGGCGAUCGUGAAUACAUUGGACCGGAGAUCCUAAUGGGAAGAUAUGACAAGCCUGCGGACAUCUUCUCACUGGGCCUAAUCAUAUUCGAGAUUGCUGGUAACGUCGAACUUCCGGACAACGGCCUUUCGUGGCAGAAGCUUCGGAACGGUGACAUGAGCGACGUUCCGAGCUUGACUUGGAGCUCUGAGACCACGGUUUUCCGUGAUGCGUCUGGGAACCCAGUUUCGGAGGAGCCAUCGUUCGAGGAACUGUGCGGAUCUGAGUUUGGGGACGACGAUCUCGGCACACCUGAUCUCUUUGGGAGCAACAGAGAGCGAAAACCGAUCCCUUUUACCCGGAGUAGCGAGCUGGCCGACCCUCCCGCUUUCAUGAUUGACGCCAGCCACGAGCAAUCUCUGGAUAAUAUAGUGCGGUGGAUGAUCUCCCCUGAACCGUCAGAUCGACCCACUGCUGAUCACAUACUGGAGUCUUUCGGAGUCCAGUUUGUCGCGUCUCGACGUCGGGCUGGCGCCACUGUGUAUGAGGGCAAUUGGGGCCCUGCCGACGAUGUUCUCGCGGAAGAUGCCGAAAUGAUCGAUGUUUGA